AUGAAUUCAAGAAUGAAAGGCAAAAGAGGUUUCAUGGCCCUUAAAUUGGACAUGAGCAAGGCCUAUGAUAGGGUAGAGUGGAAAUUCAUUGAAGCCAUCAUGACCAAGAUGGAAUUUCCUGUACACUGGAUCCACAUCAUCCAGGCAUGCCUCAAUUCUGUUUCUUACUCAAUCCUUGUAAAUGGAGAACCUCAACAGCGUUUCUUGCCUUUUAGAGGCCUAAAACAAGAAGAUCCUUUGUCUCCUUAUUUAUUUAUUUUAUGUGCAGAAGCCCUCACUUCUCUUCUAAAUCAAGCUGAGGCAUGUGGCAACUUAACUCCUGUUUCAAUUGGAAGAGGUCCAAUCACAAUGAACCACUUGUUCUUUGUUGAUGAUAGUCUCUUGUUCUGUCAAGCAAAGCUUGAGGAACUCAAUUGUGUACUUAAUAUCCUAGAUUUAUAUGAGAAAGGCUCAGGACAGGUUUUAAACAAAGACAAAUCUACCAUUUUCUUCAGUAAGAACACUGCCCAGGAACCUGAGACUUCUGGCCAUGCCUUAUGGGGAUGUAUUGCUGCCAAAGAUGUGUGGUGUCAAGGUCCAAAGAAAGUGCAGAAGCUAUCUCUUCAGAGUGAUUUGAUUUUCAAUGUUUGGGCAGGCGUAGUUGACACUCUUGAUCCAGGGGAAUUAGAUGAGGUUGCAAUCACAAUGAGGGUGAUAUGCAGUAAUACCAAAGCAGAGGUCAAAAAGGCUAUCUUGGAGGCUGGGAAUUCUGUUGUAUGUGGAACAUAUGAGAAGUAUCUUGGUCUUCCUGCUAUGGUAGGAAGAUCAAAGUUUAACACUUUCAAAAACCUCAAAGAAAGAAUAUGGCAAAAAAUGAGCAGUUGGGAGAACAAAUUCAUUUCACAAGCUGGUAAAGAGAUCCUGAUCAAGGCUGUCUUACAGGCCAUACCAACAUACACCAUGUGUAUAUUCAAACUUCCAAAGAAAUUGUGUCAGGAGAUCAAUGGACUAUUUGCAAAAUUCUGGUGGGGAAGACAGUAG